CCCUCGCGGCGACCCGUACCUUCCCGCCGCUCCUCUCGCUCCGUGCUCUCCCCCCGGCCCGGGGAAAUGGAGGAACCCCCCGAUGGCUUCGGCUCCCAACGGUCGCUCCCCGGCGCUGGGUCCAGAGCGGCCCGAGGAGGGGAUGCUCUGUGUGCCGGAACGGUGAGAGUUUCUCAGAGGCAAUCCUCCCGUUGCAGCUGCUGCCAGCACUGAAAACCUGUGUGCUUCGUGGUGUCCAUCGCCCAGCUGGCAACGAUUCCCUGGUGUUUGGUGCAUUAAGUCACACCCAGCUGUGUGGGAUGGCAGAGUCAGGUGGGCCCUUUAUUGAACAGAUUUAUCUGCUACAAGGCUACGCAGAAGGAUGGAAAGGAGGAACACAGGGGGGGGAAAAAAAUAGAUGAAAGGCCAUGCAUUGAUCACCUGAUGUACUCCAGAGACAAACAUGGCUAUUACAGGUAACAUGGAGCAGCCCUUCUGGCCUUUUCAGUUGUAUUCAGAGAGAUGUUUGCCUGCUGUGAAUAUCUGGGUGCUUGGAGUUCACUCUGAUUUUAACAAGCCCAUCAAUAAUAAAACAUUGUAUUGAUAGAGUAAGAUCUACUUCUGUAAAGUUGUUGCUCCACAGAAAAGCAGCAUAAAGAAGCUAGCUGGAUUAUUUGUAUGAUAUGUAGCUUUUUUAGGAUGUUUUGUUCUUUAUAUGGUGUUCAUUUCAAAUACAAGCGUGUGAACUUUGUGUUCCCUUUUAGGGGCUGGUUCUGGGGUAACAAGGAAACACAAGGCCUAAACACCUCUGGCUUGUCUGUCCAAGGAUCUGCCUCAAUUGUGGCUCCCAUCCUUCUGAAGAACUCUUCAGCACAGUGAGUUACCUUCUAUAACUAUUUAUUGUUGUAUUGUUGUUGUGAGACCUCAUUGCUGGGUGAGAAGACCAGGGGAAAUUAAAGGCUGUAUGCCACUGUUACUUCCCUGAAUUCUUGUACUCUGUUAAAAUCAAAACAAAAGGGAUUUACACUGUAAGAAACACUUAAAUGUAAGUUAAGGUAAAGGUCACAGUGCUAAAACCUAAGAGCAGAUAGCCUUGAGCUCCUUUAUAUUCCUACUCCUGCCUCCAGGGUAUCAUCAGAUAUCCCCUAGAUCUUGCAGUGGAGGAGAUGCUGAACCAUCAGCUGUUCCAUAUUCUACACCACGUGUCUUUUUACCAUGCUCCUCUGAGAAGCAUCUCUCCCUUCUCUGUUUCUUUGCAGACAAGAAGGGAGAAAUUGGGAUUGCCUUUGUUCUUUUGCCUGUUCAUAAAAAGGCCGCUUGUGGCUGUGUGCAGUGGCAACUGCAUCACAGAAUCUUAGAGGUGAUUAUUCGCAGGUUAAGGAAAUAAUUCCCUUUUUUGUCACUGCUGCGCUGAAUUUCAUAGGCGUGUGUGUGGCUCGAUGCCUAAGAUAUUUAAAGCAGGUUUUAUUCUUACAGGGGUUUUGCACACUAAAGUGUGCGCCCAGGUUUUGUUUCCAGAAGUGAGGUGUAGCGCUGGGUGUUUCAUUUGGUGUGUUACUUGUUCUGUUGUGUCAAUAACUGCAGUGUCCUCCCUGUGCCUGUGUAUUGCAGGGGCAGUCGAGUGCUGGUUAUAAAGGUGGUGAUAAUUAGGAAUAAGCUGUUUAAGCUUGGAUAAAUGUUUAGAAAUCAUUGCUUUGAUAUUGCUGUGUAAAACGCUCGCUCGCGGUGGGAGAAUUCUCCAGGGUCAAGCUGUUCAGAGGCAGGGUUCCUGGACGAGGUGACCCAGGACAGCUUCGUGCUGGGCCCGGGCUACGACCGCCCCUAGCAGCUGGAGCCCGCGGUGAGGGAGCCCAAGAGCAUCCAGCUGUACCAGCACCUCAGCCUCAAGAGCUGCAUCUGGACCUUCGACGCUUAUUACGACAUGACCGAGUUAAUUGAUGUCUGUGGGGGCUCUGUCACCGCUGACUUCCAGGUAAGGGACUCUGCCCAGUCCUUCCUGACAGUCCACGUCCCUCUCUCCGUGUCCUACAUCUGUGUGACGGCACCGAGGGGCUGGGCUUCCCUGGAGCACCGCACCGAGAUGGAGUUCUCCUUCUUCUACGACACCGUUCUCUGGAGGACAGGGAUCCAGACGGACAGCGUGCUCUCGGCCCGCCUGCAGAUAAUCCCCAUCUACAUCCGCGAGGACGGACGGCUGGUCAGCGAGUUCAGGACGCAGGCCAAGUUCAGAGCGCUGUUUGUCACGGAGCACCACAGCCUGCCAGAUGUCAGGUCCUCUUUGAGAACUCCAGAGCACCUGGGAGGCAUCGAAUUUGACCUGCAGCUGCUGUGGAGUGCUCAGACUUUUGAUUCUCCCUACCAGCUCUGGAGAGCAACCAGCUCCUACAACAGGAAGGAUUACUCUGGAGAAUACACCAUGUUCCUGAUCCCCUGCACGGUGCAGCCCACGCAGCCGUGGGCAGAGCCUGGAGCCAAGCCCCUGCCCUGCACGGCUCACGCUCCCGAGCGGUUUUUGAUCCUGAUCACCUUCCAGCAGACAAGCCGCCCGGUUCCAGUUGUUUACUCCCAGAACGCAAGAGUUUCAGAUCUGUAACGACGAGAAGGUUUUUCUAAUGGACCCCACCAAAUCGGAAAGGUCUCUGGCAGAAAUGGAUUACAAGGGGGGCUUUUUCCAAGGGUAGGAUUUACCUCUCCUCUUCUGCUUGUGCCCAGCGUUUCUGCUUUCACAGCUUCCAUUCCCUGGAGAGGAAAGGGCAAAACCCACAGGUAGCUUUGCCUCUUCUACAGCAAUCAUUGAUAUCUUACAGCCCUGUGAAAGAGCAGCGUGCUCUGGCACCGCGUUUUGUCACUCCCACCCACCGAGCCCUUCCCAAACAACCCAAACCCUUCUGAACACGGACACUUGGCUCUAGCAGCGUUUUCCUGCUUGGGAAAUUUCACCUGCCCCUCUUUGUCCCGACCUCCCCAGGGCAGAUCCUGUACGGGCACGUGCUCUGGCACCCGGAACAAAACCUCAACGCUGCUUACAAGCUGCAGCUGGAGAAGGUCAACCUGUGCACAGGCAGGGAUGGCUACGUGCCCUUCCUCGACCCCACGGGUACCGUCUACAACGAGGGGCCCCGGUACGGCUGCAUCCAGCCCAACAAGUACCUGAAACACCGAUUCCUCCUCCUGGACCAAAACCAGCCAGAAGUGAGGGAUAAGUAUUUCCACGAUGUGCCUUUUGACGCCCACUUUGCUUCCCAGCUGUCCGAGUUCCACUCGGUGAGCAGCAUGCCCGGAGUUGAUGGAUUUACUCUCAAGGUGGACGCUCUCUACAAGGUAUGUAGUACCCAGUGCUUUUGGUAGCCCAAAAUGGACUUCUCUGUCCAGGACCUCCCAAACACUUGGUGAAUUGUAGACUCUGGGCCUUCAGAAUUCACCUCUGAUACAAGAAAUGAAGAUUAGGAUGUUAGUCCCGUAAUUUCAUUUUUUUUUUC